AGAAGAUGUCUGAGUUAUACUCCAAAUAUUCUGAGAAACCAUGGAGUGAGACCUUUCAGCUGGUGCGUAGGUGCAUGGACAAAACUAGAGCAGACACUAAGCCCUGUGAGACCAUUAAGAAAUGCAUGCAGAAACUUCAGGAAGCUCUGAAUGUGACCUCUGUGAAUGCCAUGGUGACCAGGCUGGAGAUGAUUGCCAAACAGAGAGGACUGGGUUCCCACCGGAGUCCCACAGAGACUGCAUGCUAUCUGACAGCAGAUCUGUUCUACCUGGAGGUGCUUCUGCUGCCUGGGGGAGGGGUGGAGGAUGUGAAGGUAGCCCAGCAUGGUGAAGCUCCUGAGUCAAAUGUGUCACUCCUUCAGCUGCUAAGGAUGAAGAGGUUUGAGGAAUUCUCAGUCAAGCUGGAUGACCUGGCUUCUCUCUACAACGUACCAGGAGACAGUGAUACAAAGAUAAAGGUGUAUACGUCCCUUCAGCAUCUGCAGAAAGACCUACUCAAGAUAUCCAAUUUACCAAGGCGUUUGAUAGAGAGCAAUGUGCAUGUUGACAUGGUUCUGAAUGGCAGAAUUGGGAGCGUCAUGUCUUGCAGAGAAGGAAACCCAAUGAGCAUCCAGUACUACAUCAGCCCCUCAGACGUUCUGAUGGAGAUGUUAUGUCCAGGUGAAAGCAGCCGUGGUCAGGUUGCCAUGGUAGUGGUGGGUGCCAGUGGCACUACACACAGGUUGCAGAUGGAGUCUUUGAUCCCCACUCCCCCUCAAGUGGACUCAGUGGGGCUCCCUGUGUUCAGGCCGCUGUCUGAAGCAAGCUCUGAGCUCCUGCCAGCCUUCUUCCUUCUCAAGCUCCAGCCACCACUGCCCACACUUAACUCCUUCAUCCACAAGAUGAGCCAAAUCACAGAGGGUGUAGUCAAUGUUACACCAGAGACUGGCCUGCAGGGGGAGCCCAUAUUUCAGCUGAUAAAGCAGGCUGGACUGGAGGAAAAGAACUAUAAGAUGUCAGGUGAUGGAAAGGAUGCUCACUUUCUUAAGACUCUUCCUGACACUGAGCUUCAGAGCUAUGUGUUCGGUGAUGCUGAAUGGAAAUGUGACUCGUGGAAAGGAGCUCUAAUUCACACAGUUCCAUUCACUCAUCCUGCCCAUGUGCCUGCCUUAUUGGAGCUCCUUCGCCAUCAGUCAGUCAUCAACAUCCUCUUAGCAAGCUGCAUUUCCAGCCAUGAGCACCAGCCAGGUAUAGCGUGUGACCUCAACUGUGAAAUUCUCCCGGAGUCUGACUGCAGCUUUUCUGUGGCCUUCAGCCUCCUGGACAGUGACUCUCUGGCAGUUUUGAUGGUUUCUGUGGUGGAUUGUCGCCAAGUGCAAUGCAGGCUCCUAACGGGAGGUUUAGUGGAUCACUCUCUAGAUGAUUACGCUUCCAGAGUCCUUACACGAUGCUUGUCCAUCCCCAUCACUAUGAGAGCCAUACGGAAGAGGAUGGCCAGCAUGAGGCCUCCAGCCUGCCUGAUCUCUGAGCCUGCCUCUGUUCUUAAGGCUGAAAGCUCUCCCUCCACGACUCCUCAUCAUGCAGUAGACAGCGUCCCAGCCACAAUCCCCACUGCCCUGCUCUCCCCUGAGCCAAUGGAGGAGGAUGGCCUCCCCUCUCCUCCUGGACACUAUGUCAUGUCUGUUGCUGCCGCCCCAGCGGUUGAUGUUAAUACAGAUGCGGUUGCUAAUCCUUCCCCCUGUGCCUCUGUGGGUGUCUAUUCACACUGGGUGGCCAGCAGCCUCCCAGCAGAGCUGAUUUAA